UCUGGUCAUCAGUUGCCAUAGAAACCACCAUACACAUGCUAAUUCUAGCUACGUCUAUCGGGGCAAACACCAAAAGUAGGUUAACGUAUUGUAUUAUAUUAUUAGCAUACGGAUAGUUGUCAGCAUUAUUUUCCAGCAUGACUCAUUCGAGAAGUUAUAGCUACAAAGUGAAGACCGGAAACUGGUUUGAGGACGUGCUCUGCGAGGAUGCAAAGAAAGAUCCCCAGAAAAAAGAGAGGGGUGAGCUUGUUGCCCAGAAAGUAGACUUCCUCAAACAGAACAUUUUGAGACCGGUGAAUCUCACUGUGACAGAUGAUGGGAGAUUGCACUUUGGGAAUGUUGUGAUGCUGGUGAACAUGGGAGGAGAAAAGAGGGCGUGCAGUGCAGUGAGCAUUAACGCAGACAUUAACAGCGUGAGGAGGAGCCCUUCGCCUGGCAUUCAGGCCCCAUGUGAAGUCAGUGCAGGGAAAGGUAUUCAGGGCUGCGUGCGCACUGCCUUCAUCAUCACCAGUGUUGAUGGCAGUCCUGAAGGGUCGACUCUGCAUUUCGAGCAAAGUUUUGCUCUAAAAACAACAAGUGGCUUUGCUGGUGGUCUUUACCUGACGAGUGACAUAAAAAGUUUUGAAAAGUGUGCCAAGAAGUCCAGGCUACAGGAAGUAACGUUGGAUGACAGCGGUUCCUUCACGUCAUGGUGGAAGAUAGUCCACUUUGAACCCCAGGAGAGGCUCGAAUAUGACGGUCAGCCUGUUCCGGCUAAUGUGAGAGUGCUGAUCAAACACUGCAAGACAAACCAGGCUCUUGCUGUGCUGGGACAACAUGUCAUUUGGACCCCAUACGGCAACGAGUAUGAGCUGACGGCUCACACCUUCCUGAACUCGUGCAGAGGCGAGCAGGACAACAACCACUGGAUCCUGUGCACCUCUGACUCUGCAAGGAAAGGGCUCGUAAUUCUCAACCACCCACAGUCAGCGGCCCACGACGAGGAGCUCACACAGGCAAACCCUGAUAUCUAAAUCGACAGUAACACAAUUCACUCUCAUGCCACAAGUACAAAUACGGCAGAUAGAUACCACACCGUUAAUAACACCUAAAGAAUUAUAAAAUAAAGGUUGUUUUUGUUA